CGCCGCGCGCGCACCCAUCUACAUAGCUGUCGCUCCGCACUCGCUCCUGAUCCGUCUCGUUGAGCACGCGCGUUACCCCCCGAAUUACAGCACGUGCACCGACUUACUCUAUCUCUUUCACGGGUAGCCCUCGACCCGGCCUUCCACGAACCCCGAUAAUGGGCCGAUAAAGGCUAAUUACUCGCGUAGUUGCCACUUAGGAAUCGAGUGACGGGUGACGGUUCGCGAGUGCAGUGUCAGGGCUGUGAUGGCUGAGAAUCACGCACUUAUACCAGAAGCCACCUCGAUGUAUACCCAAACCAACAUGAAGGAAUCUCAGGACAUUUCAAAGAAUUUGAUGAGCGGUGAUUUUGAGAGGCAGUUUAGAGGUGCGAUGGUGGAGAAGACGGACAGGCGAUGGCAGACGUGGCUGAUCACGCUGGCUGUGGUGGUGGGCGCGCUGCUGGCCUGGCUGCUGGUGUUCACCAUAGUGCGCGAGGUGCAGAUCAGGCAGCUGCGCCAUGAGGUUGACGAGCUCACCGCUAACAUGAUUGCUGUGUCUGCCAACGUUAAGUCCCUCAGCCAGAAGAUUGAGAAGAACAAACUGUUCAACGAGUUCAAGGAAUUGCAGGACACGAUCUACGCAGACGAAGACAUUAGCAGCAUAGUAGACGGCAAAGAAGACUCGAAGGACCGCACCUACGACUCUCUGGAGAAACUCCACGGUCUCACGGUGCUAGAGGAUGAGAAUCUAGGAGACGAUGAGGAUCUACUGGAUACGGGUGAAGACGCCGAGAGCGGGGACUGGUACCCUGACUAUGAUAAGAGAGCGCAACAUAUCGGCACAACGAACAUGGUGCAUCUUCGUCCUGAGGACUUCGUGGACAGCGACAUGAGCUUCGGAGACAAGUCUGUGCUGUCCAACAUCAGGGAGAUCCGGCGGAGGCUCAACGAGAACCCUGAGGACCCUGACUUGCCUCAACUGGCACCGGUCCCAACACCAGUCCAUCCAACGAAGCCUACAGAUGAAGAGUUAUCUCGAGACAAGCGCAGUGUCAUCUCUGACUCCUCAGCGGAUUCCAUCGAUGAGUACGCAGCUCCCAGGGUCAUGGCUAAGACUGAUGACAGACGUAAGAGUAAGAAGUUCGCGCCCAACUUGGACUACGUGCCCACGGCUAAGAUGGCGAUGCACACAGUUACUAGAACUGUCAGGAACAGUGAUUAUGAGGAGGGUGCUCGCAGGCCAUUCGUCGCCGCGCAUUUCCAUGGUAACACGUCUCACCUGAGUCCAGAGAUACACGAGCAUUACAAAGGUAACGGCCUAGUCCGCGUGUCCCACGGCGCAGCACACGACGUAUGGUACCCAGCACCAUGGACAGUGGCGUCUCCACACCCGCGUCCGACGCUCACCCGCAACGGACACGUGCGGGUGCACCACACUGGCGUCUAUCUUGUCUAUGUGCAGAUCUACUAUCUAGACAGCCACGACACCAUUUCCUGGGUGCUACACCGCACGAACCCCGAGAUCGAGGGUCGGGAGACACUCCUGCAAUGCACCCAAUCCACCCACUCAACAGACCACAUCGACAAGCCGAACUCCUGCUUCUCGGCUGCAGCACUGUUCCUCAAAGCCAAUGACAUGCUCGCUGUCAGGAACACGGGAGGAGACAGGCACUCCUUGAUGCAGCCAGAAAAGAGCUUCAUCGGCCUCAUCAAGCUGGCUGAUGCUGAAGACCCGGUACAAGAGUUGUAGAACGUGUCUAUGUUUCCAAGUUCAAGUCUUAGGUUAUCUGAAUGUUUUGAAAAUGGAAGGUCUUUGGACUGGUAGAACUUUUCUCCAGCUGGUUAAAUGAGGACUUCUUGGAAUUAAAACUUCUUUAUUCAAAGUUAUUAGGCUCUCUCACUAAUAAUUACUUCGUAGUGUAGUUCCUAAGACUCGGGACUUUAGAACUUGGAACUUUUUCUCGUAACUCGAAGUUAGUUUUUCUCUGUGGUCUGAACAUGUUUGUAGGUUUACAAAUGUGUUAGAAAGUGAUAAUUAUUGUUAUAAUAGUCAAGAAAGUGCCAUUGUUAUGGGUUUACGAAGCAGUAAAUAUAGGAACAAAUUAGUUUAUUUUGAUUGGCAUUCGUUGCGAUUAUGCAAACAGAUCGUACAUGACGACUUCACCGAAUUUACAAUGAUUGUAUUUUUUGUGCUAGCAACAUUUGGAAUGUAUUGCCAUUUUGGCAAAAGAACAGCAAUGCAAACUUUUUGGUACAUAUUUUAAAAGUAUUGUAAAGGAUUUAAAAUUAAUAUUUUCGUGUUUUUAUUGUUUGAAAUAUAUGUUAACUUGUAUGUUAGUAAUAUAUCGAGGAAUCAAUCGAAAGAUCUGUUAUACCAUUGAUAUUAUAAGUACCUACUAACGUUAAAACUUAAAGUAAUUUAUUGUACGUACCUAGGUAUUCUUAUUUAAUAUAGAAUAAGUUGAAAUGCAACGAUGCAUUUUUGAUAUUCAUGUUUUGUAAGUGCAGAAAAUAAAUUGUAUGAAAAAUUA